AUGAUUUUUUAUUUACCAUUUUCCAGGUAAUGCGGUUAGGUGCUAGGGAUGCAAGAAGGGGUGAACAGACGGGAUUCCUGACCUCCUGGAGUUUGAGUUUAGAGUGAAGAAGCUUAAUGAUUAUAACAGCACUGGCCCCGUCACCUUUUCCUUUCCAGCUUUUUGGGGCUCAGCUAAGUGACCACACAGGAGAGCAGUGAGGCCAUUUGAGGCCUGAGCCUGGUCAUCAGGACUUGACUCUCUCUCCUUGCCAUCAAGCAGCUGCCCCAAUCCUGCCAGGCAUCUCCACACUCCUCUGACAGAAUGAAUGCCCUCGAUGGUGUUCUCUUCAAGUUGCCCAAGGACUUUGUGAUAGGUACAGAGCCUCUCCCUGCUCCAGAACUCAGCGUCCCAGCCUGCAGGGAGCUUCUGCUGGGUUCUAUGCACGACUUCAGCCUGGAGAGGAGGGCACUCUUCUGGGUGGAGGCCGCCAGCCGGGGACCCAGCCCGUACCAGUGCGGUGACCCGGGGACAGCGUCAGCCCCUCCAGCCUGGCUCUUGCUGGUCAGCCCCGAACACGUGCUGGCGCCUGUGCCUGCAGCCAUCAGAGACCCGGAGGCCGGACCCCAGGAGAGACCGAAGCAGGAGGGUGAGGAUGAGGAAGAAGCCUCCUCUGGCAGCGAGGGACACCCGGGCCCCCGCAGCCUCCCGGCAAGCCCCGUCCCGGGUCGUCGCCUGUGCUCGCUGGACCUGCUGCGCGGCGUGCGGUCGGAGCUGGCAGGGGCGCGGCGACGGCUCUCCGAGGGGAAGCUGGCCGCCCGGCCCCGAGCCCUCCUGCACGGCCUCCGCGGCCACCGCGCGCUGAGCCUGUCAUCCAGACCCGCGUCACCCCCGGGGCCCGCGGCCCAACCCUCCGCUGCCCCCGCGUCGCCCCCGCGGCCCUCCACGGCCGGCGCCAUCCCCCCGCUGCGGAGCCACAAGCCCACGGUCGCGUCCCUCAGCCCGUACACCUGUCUGCCACCUCUUGGGGGGGCACCCCAGCCUCUCAACCCCCACAAAUCACACCCUGAUAGUGCUGCUGACCUGCUGUCCGCCCUGAGCCAGGAGGAGCAAGACCUCAUUGGGCCAGUGGUUGCCCUGGGAUAUCCCCUGCAAAGGGCCAUCAUUGCUCUGCAGAAGACAGGGAGGCAGAGCCUGAGCCAGUUUCUCAGCUACCUCAGCGCCUGUGACCGCCUGCUACGCCAGGGCUAUGAGGAAGGCCUGGUGGACGAGGCCAUGGAGAUGUUCCAGUUCUCCGAGAGCCAGGCAGGGGAGUUCCUGCGCCUCUGGGAGCAGUUCAGCGACAUGGGCUUCCAGCAGGACCGGAUCAAGGAGGUGCUGCUGGUCCAUGGCAACCGCCGAGAGCAAGCCCUGGAGGAACUGGUGGCCUGUGCCCAGUGACUACGGGGGCACUCCAUGAUGCCUGGGCAUCCAGGCCCGGGGUCCGAGCUGGUGACCCAUCCUAACUGUGUUAUUAAAACUAAGAUAAGAGUAACAAAGUGAUGCAUGCUUAUUGUAAAAACACAAAUGAUGACAAGGGUGACUGAACAGCAAAAGAAUCUGCUGAAAGGGUUGAAAUGGUUGCCUCUGCGGAGAGGCAGACGGGAGACCCUGACGGGGAGCUGCGUUCUUCAUGCACGCCUGUAAAACUACUUGAUUUGACUCUUUACACUGCAUGCAUGAAUAACCUUGAUUUUGAGGAAAUUAAAACAAAUAAAUAA